AUGGUUGAGUCCGCCGAAGAAGACCUGCCGCCGUCCGAUAGUUCCUAUCUAGUUCUCCGACAUCCUACCACUGAAGAGUGCACAGCCAUUUCGACAAAUACCUUUACCAUGUGGAAAGAUUCGCUCACACUCCCGCUCUUCUUGGAAGAGUCGCACCUCCUCACCACAGUGCCUUUGGCCCGCAAUGGAGGCAUGACAAUGUGGAUCUUAGUCCACCGAGAUCAAGCUCCAGGCGAACGUCAAAUUCUGUGCUCUUGCGAGAGCUUCUACAAGCGCUCGCUCACCAGCGAUACUAGCGGUACAAUCAGUGAGAACAUAGUGCAUGGUAUAGCCAGUGUCUUUUGCCCUGAAGCAUACCGUGGUCGAGGUUAUUCAGCACGCAUGAUGCGUGAGCUGGCGAGAGUGUUACACACAUGGCAGGCGGAAGGGCAGCGGUGUGUAGGGAGCACUCUAUACUCUGACAUCGGCAAACAAUUUUACACGAAGCUGGGUUGGCCACCGAACGCUACAAAUUCACAGAUCGAGCUUCAACCUGAUACUACAGUAUGGCCUUCGCUUGCUUUACCAAUCAUAGAAAAUGAACUGGAAGCAUUUUGCAAGCGGGAUGAAAAGAUGGUUCGAUCUCGUAUGGCUGUACCCGCACAAGGCUCAAGAUUCCGCUUCACGAUCAUUCCAGACCUGGACCAUAUGCUGUGGCACAUAUCUAAAGAAAAUUUCGCCACCAGACACCUUUUUAAUAGAACACCCGACGUAAAAGGUGCUAUCGCCGGACCGCCAGGCAGUCAAAUCUGGGCCAUUUGGACUCACCGGUACUACAAUCAACCCGACAAAAGUUCAUCGGCAAACGUGCUAUACGUGCUUCGGCUUGUCGUAGAGAUCGACGAGACCGCAACAAGGCUAUCUUCAGAUGUGGCAAAACGGCCUGAUUCUAAUGCUUACAACCAGCAAGUGGGAUAUCUCAGAGCGGUUUUACAAGCAGCAAGGGCCGAAGCGAAGAGUUGGAGAUUAGACGUCGUCAAGUUGUGGGAUCCUACGCCCUUGGUUCUGGACAUGCUGGCUCAGAGUGGUCUGGAAUAUGAGGUCAUCGAGCGGGAGAACGAUAGUAUCGCCAGCCUGCUUUGGUACGACGAGUCUGGCGGUACGGAAAACGAGGCGCCUUUAUGGUUGAACAACGAGCACUAUGCAUGGCAAUAA